AUGGCAAGCCCACAGUGUUUGCGAUCGCCUCUGCUGGCAUCCAAGCUUUCACGGCCGACAACAAAGAUUCAAGCAGCUUCCUUGAGUCGGCUACCACGAACAGCUGUCCGGCGCAAAUCGGGUCCCUACGGCUACACGCAAUCCAAGGCACUCGUAUAUUCCAAGCAUGGCGAACCCUCAGACGUAUUGAAACUACACACGCACUCCAUAUCUCCAUCCAUCCCAAGCUCCUCCGUCCUUGUCCGAACACUCGCCGCAUCAAUCAACCCAGCCGACAUCAACACCAUCCAAGGCACAUAUGGCUCCAAACAGCCCAUGACAUCUCUCAUCGGCACAGCCGAACCAUCUGCCGUCCCCGGAAACGAAGGCGUCUUCGAAAUCGUCUCCGUAGGCGACGCAUCCUCACCACUGAAAAAAGGCGACUGGGUCAUCCCCGCCGCUCAACAAAUCGGCACCUGGAGAACGCACGCCGUCUUCGAAUCCAACGAUCUUCUCAAAGUCGAAAAGGAAAACCUGACGCCCACCCAAGUCGCCACCGUGAGCAUCAACCCAUGCACCGCGUACCGCAUCCUGCGGGACUACGGCCCCAGCGCAGGUCUGAAAACAGGUCUGCCAAUGCGACCGCUCGAGCUAGGUAGUGGUGAGUGGUUCAUCCAAAACGGAGCCAAUUCAGGAGUCGGCCGAGCGGCCAUUCAAUUCGGCAAGCUAUGGGGCCUUCGAAGCAUCAACGUCAUCCGCGACAGAGACUCCAUCGAGGAGACUGAGGCGUUGAAGCAGGAACUCCUUGGCCUGGGCGCUGAUGUCGUGGUGCCGGAAUCGCAGUUCCUGUCGAGGGAGUGGAAGGAUCAGCUUGCGGAUAUUACUCGCGGCGGCCGCGAACAGCUCGGACUGGCGUUGAAUUGUGUCGGUGGUAAAUCUGCUACGGCGCUGGCGCGGUCUCUCGGCGAGGGAGCUACGUUGGUGUCGUAUGGGGGCAUGUCGAAGCAGCCUGUUGCGCUGCCGUUGGGGCUUCUCAUAUUCAAGGAUAUUCGGUUCGUUGGCUUCUGGCUGUCAAAGUGGAAUAAGAAGGAUGCCACGGGGCGGAAGCACAUGGUUGAUGAUAUUUUGAACUUGAUGAGGUUGGGGCAUUUCAAGGAUGUGCCGGUGGACGAGGUUAAGUGGGAUUGGGAGACGGAGGAGAAGACACUUACGGAGGCGGUGCAGGGUGGUUUGAAGGGGUUUAGGAAGGGGAAGGGGGUGUUUUUGUUUGGUGAGACUUGA